UUUCAAGGUACUAACACUGGUUGGCCCUAACCGCACAGGAAGCAGAAACUUCCGCUUCGAGUCGAGGAGAGAUGCGACCUGGAAAACAUACUAAUUGUAUUUAAGUGCAAUCUUUAAAUUAUCGUUUUUAAUUUAUUUUUGACUAUGUGGGUACAGACGAAAUGCUUGAUUUACUAGGUAGCUAAGGAAAGUAAAUAAGCGAAACGACGGCGUUCAGUCCGAGACAAACAAAGGCAGAGUCAGCGUCAUUAACAAAACUAGUGCUGCCAACUGUGCGGGCCUUCAUUGAGUACAUAGCCAACGUACUAUUACGUUAAUUCGCCUGGCUAGCCGGUUUACAUUGUUUGAAAUUAUCUCUGGACAUCAGUAUUUUUCCAUACUCAUGACUUUGGAGGUCAGAAUUUGACGAGGGUAACACGAAAAUGUCGGCAAACUUGAGUCCUCCAAACACUGCCUUAAUAGCAGAAUUAUCUUUCUCAUUUCAAGAUGAAUUGACUGCUACUAUUCAAAAUGCAUUAGGAGUUGCAGUGGAGAUAGCGGUGGUUGAGGUUACAAAACUGGUCGGACAAGUUUUAAGGGACGUGCGGGAUCAAAUGCACGAGACACUACGGGACAACAAGUCACUAAAGUAUCGCUUGCAAGCAGCCGAACUUGAAUUAAGUGCAGCUCGAGGAGAGGAACGUCAAGUACAAUCAAUAAUAGGAUACCAAGCCAGUACUAAUAGCAGAAUCCAACAAGUUCAUCACCAGCUGAAUUCUCUAAACGUCUCACAGACGACAAUUGACUCCGAAAGAGAAGCGCAAGGAGUUGAAUCCAAUCAGUCUCUUACUACAAAAAAUGUUGAGGAUCGUUUUGUAGGAUUUGAAUCGGAAGUUGCUGAUAACAAUGCUUAUCUUAACGAAUCAUUUUGUGAAAUCCGUGAGGAUGGUCGUGUCUGCACUCAAGACAUUAAACCAGAUGUAUUAGUUGAGUCGACCUUAAGUCAAGGAGAUAAAGCUGGGACUAAAGAGGAGGUUCUCUCAAAGAUGUAUCCAGACAACCAUGAUGGUGCUGAACAUUUUAGUAGAGCAUGCACAGAUACUAUCACAGGACAUGAUGGAUCAAGGGACCAUGCUGAUGUCCAUCCCUUCCCAGAAGCUACCACAAAGAAUGCAGAGGUGAAGUGUCUGGUUGAGGUGAAAGUCGAGUCUGCAGACCUGGGUUGCAGUCGGAACUCUGGUCCCCAUACAGGAGAAGACAACUACUGUCCAGACAGCCUCUCUUUAGCACAAACCAGGCUACUUGAGGAUUGGAGGCCAGAAGCACUGCAGCUUCCACACAAUGAUCCAGACUCAUUCACUCCCUCCACCAGCCACUCUCUAUCGGACUCCCCCAUCUUCAACCCAGACAUACCAGACUUAGACAUCCUAUCAUCGUCUUCAGCUGCGGGUCAUCAUGCAGGCUUUGGUAAGCAGCAACAAUAUCCAGCCAGAGACGCUGCUGGAGCUUCGACUUCUCAUCAGAUUUACAGCCCUCAGACCAGUGAAGGGAAUAAUCUGGCUGCAGCACCGCACAUUUGCAAGAUCUGUGGAGAGAAGUUCCAUCUAUCUGAAGACCUACGGCGACAUCGUAGUCUCGUUCACCCAAAGGAUAUGAAUAAGCUCCCAAAGCGCAACCUUUACCCUCCCGGGCGCAGUCCCUACCACUGCUCCUUGUGUGGUCGAGACUUCAACCGCAUGGAACACCUGAAGAUUCAUCAGCGUAUUCAUACUGGAGAAAGGCCUUAUGCCUGCACCGUUUGCAAUGCACGCUUCCGUCACUCUUGGGCCCUUACAAGACACUUCCGUAUUCACACAGGAGAGAAGCCCUACACGUGCACCCAGUGUGACAAGACUUUCCGAAAUUGUGGGGGGCUGCGCUUUCACCAACGCACUCACUCAAUGGGAGGGAUAGGUUGAUACAUCUUCAUGAUAGACUAAUGAUGGAAAGAAUGUGAACAUGGAAACCACUGAUAAUAUACAGUGAGUGAAUGAAAAUGUUUAAUGUAAUCUAUUAAACCUUACUGUAAAUCCUGAAAAAAAUGUUGUCUGUCAUUUACUGAAAUGAACGGAGACAUUUUGGGGUAAAGGAUGCAGAAUUUGGAUUGGAGCGCAGUUGGUGUGGCAAACUCAAAGGUUAUAUGCAUCACUGAUAGUGCUCAACUUGAGCAGGAGCUUACCAGUGCAGAUUAUAGGUACCUCCAAUUUUUGAAUGUUUGAGCUGCUUAUAAUUUUAUGGAAUAUUAGCACAAAAGUAUUAAGUUGCUCCAGCACCUAAAUAUAAACAGUAUCUGCACCCAAAAUGAGUACCAGCACCCAUUCCAGUGAAUGUCAAGCACAUAUUUUUUAUUUGUAGACAUGUGGGGCUUGAAGUAUCCAGUAAAAUAUGACAAUCUGUUCCCAGUGUAUUAAAAUCAGCUGGUGUAAAAUUGCUUAUUUUAAUGUAAUCCCAAGAAGACCCAAGGUGAUUGACAUGAUUCUGUAAUAAAACUUGACUAAACAAA